AUGCAAGCCGAGUUAAUCGUAACAAGAGAAAGAAAGGAAGCGAAACACAGACUGUUCUCUCGGUCUCUAUCGUUCAUUGGGUAUAGCAUCAAAAAGAAAGGUAGCAUCUGUUGUUCCUGCUUGUCUUUUGAAACAAUCGCCUAUAAUUUUCCCCUGGGAAUCGACGCCCAGUUGGCCGACUCACUGCGUGGAGUUUUCCGACCCUUCGUCCUUAUCUAUCUAUCUAUCUAUCUAUCUAUCUAUCUAUCUAUCUAUGUUUCGUUGAUUGUUUCUUUUUUCUUUUCCUUUUCAUUCUUUCUUUCCUUCUUUCUCAUUUCCUACGUUUUGAUUUCUUUGUGGUGGAUUUUUCUUUCUUUCUUUCUUUCUCAUUUCCUGAUUUUUCUUUUCUUAUUACGGAUUUUCUUUCUUUCUUUCUUUCUUUCUUUCUUUCUUUCUUUCUUUCUUUGCUACUUAUUCCGCCAUAAUUUCUUUCUUUCUUUCUUUCUUUCUUUCUUUCUUUCUUUCUUUCUUUCUUUCUUUUGCUACUUAUUCCGCCAUAAUUUCUUUCUUUCUUUCUUUCUUUCUUUCUUUCUUUCUUUCUUGUUCCUUACUUUUUUAUUUUUUCUUUGCUUCGAUUUUUCUUUCUUGCUUUCUUUCUUUCCUUCUUUCUUUCUUUCUUUCCUUCUUUCUUUCUUUCUUUCUUUCUUUCUUUCUUUCUCAUUUCCUGAUUUUUCUUUCUUUCUUUCAUUCAGUCUUUCUUUCUUUGUCAAAGUGAUUAUCUAUCUAUCUAUCUAUCUAUCUAUCUAUCUAUCUAUCUAUCUAUCUGGCUGUUUUUCUGUCUGUCUGUCUAUCUGUUUGUCUCUCUCUCUAUCUAUCUAUCUGUUUGUCUAUCUAUCUGUGUGUCUGUAUCUAUCUAUCUAUCUAUCUAUCUAUCUAUCUAUCUAUCUAUCUGUUUUUCUGUCUGUCUAUCUAUCUGUUUGUCUCUCUCUCUCUCUCUCUAUCUAUCCUUAUAAGCAGUACUGGGUCUCUCUCUCUCUCUCUCGCUCUCUUUCUUUCUCUCUCUCUCUCUCUCUCUAA